CCGGUGUGUCACGUGGUCGCGGCGCCGCGGGGCGGGAGCGGAGCCGCCGGUGCGCGCGAAGCUGCGGCGUCUAUGGGGAAGGCGGCCGCGCUGUGCGGCGGCGGCAGCAGCAGCACCACCACCCGCGGGCUGGUUUCCCUCCUCAGCGCCGUCCCCUGCUUAGGCUGCCAGGAGCUGCCGACCAUGAGCGCGGAGCCGGGGGGACGCGGUGGCGGCGGCGGUGGCGGGGGGACACCGUCGGGGACGUUGCCCGCCGCGCCGGGCUCUGACACCUACAAGGGCUGGCUCUUCAAGUGGACCAACUACCUGAAGGGCUACCAGCGCCGGUGGUUCGUGCUCAGCAACGGGCUCCUCAGCUACUACAGGACGCAGGCAGAAAUGGCCCACACGUGUCGCGGGACCAUCAACCUGUCCACGGCCCAUAUUGAUACAGAGGACUCAUGUAACAUCGUGCUUUCCAAUGGGGGAAGGACAUAUCACCUAAAGGCCAACUCGGAAGUGGAGAGGCAGCGCUGGGUCACAGCCCUGGAGCUGGCGAAGGCGAAAGCCAUCCGCAUGAGGAACAACCAGUCAGUUCAGACCCUUGCCCAGCGUGUGCUGUCCCCUGGAGCCACCCGGUGCUCGGGAGGAGAUGACUCGGGUGACGAGGAGCCCGCCUCGCAGUCAGAUAAGAGCGAGCUGCACGGCACGCUGAAAACCCUCUCGAGUAAGCUGGAGGAUCUGAGCACUUGCAAUGACCUGAUCGCCAAGCACGGGGCGGCUCUGCAGCGCUCGCUCAGUGAGCUGGAGAACCUCAAGCUGCCGGCCGAGAGCGGCGAGAAGAUCAAGGCAGUCAACGAACGAGCCACGCUCUUCCGCAUCACCUCCAAUGCUAUGAUUAAUGCUUGCCGCGAUUUCCUGGACUUGGCCGAGACUCACAGCCGAAAAUGGCAGCGGGCGCUGCAGUAUGAGCGGGAGCAGCGCAUCCGCCUGGAGGAGACCAUCGAGCAGUUAGCCAAGCAACACAACAGCUUGGAGCGUGCCUGCCGCGGAGCGCCCGGCCUCUCUGCCAGCAGCACCGGCAUCACCAGCACUGCCAAGGGGAGCGUGCAGUCUGCCAAAGGAGAGGCCAGUGAUGAAGAUGAAGAGACAGAAUAUUUUGAUGCCAUGGAGGAUGCACCAGCUUUCAUCACUGUAACCGCAGACCCCAAGCACCACAGGCGUUCGGGCAGUAACCUGAGUGGGGCCAGCGAGGGCCACCCCGAGGACUGGAACCUGGAAGACAAUGUCUUUGAAAGCUCAAAUCAAAGCAGCUACAAUGAGUCCACUUGCAAAGAUCUCCUGCUGUUCAAGAAAAGGAGACGGACUCGCAUCCCAAACAAACCCAACUACAGCCUUAACCUCUGGAGCAUCAUGAAGAACUGCAUCGGCAAAGAGCUGUCCAAGAUCCCCAUGCCGGUGAACUUCAAUGAGCCGCUCUCCAUGCUGCAGAGGCUGACGGAGGACUUGGAGUACCACGAGCUACUGGACAAAGCGGUCAAGUGCGAGAGCUCCACGGAGCAGAUGUGCUUCGUCGCUGCGUUCUCAGUGUCUUCCUACUCAACCACUGUCCACCGCACCGCAAAGCCAUUCAACCCGCUGCUGGGGGAAACCUAUGAGCUCGACCGGCUGGAGGAGUUUGGUUUCCGUUCCCUGUGUGAGCAGGUGAGCCACCACCCCCCGGCAGCUGCCCAUCACGUCUACUCCAAGCGAGGGUGGACGUUGUGGCAGGAAAUCACCAUCGCCAGCAAGUUCAGGGGCAAAUACCUCUCCAUCAUGCCGCUGGGCGCCAUCCACCUCGAGUUCCACUCCAGUGGGAACCACUAUGUUUGGAGGAAAGUCACCUCCACCGUUCACAACAUCAUUGUGGGCAAGCUCUGGAUCGACCAGUCUGGUGAAAUAGAGAUUGUAAACCAUAAGUCAAAAGAUAAAUGCCAGCUGAAAUUUACCCCCUACAGCUACUUCUCCAGAGAUGUCCCCCGAAAGGUGACAGGGGUGGUGAGCGAUGCUGAUGGUAAAGCCCACUACGUCAUGUCCGGCACGUGGGAUGAGAAGAUGGAGUGCUCCAAGAUAGUGCAUAGCAGCCACGGCAGCACCAGCACGGAGGGCAAGCAGAAAACCGUCUACCAGACGCUGUCCCCAAAGGUCCUGUGGAAGAAGUACCCCCUCCCGGUGAAUGCUGAGAACAUGUAUUUCUUCUCUGACCUGGCCCUCACCCUGAAUGAGCCUGAGGAGCGAGUGGCACCCACCGACAGCCGGCUGAGACCCGACCAGCGCCUCAUGGAGAACGGCCUCUGGGAUGAGGCCAACGUGGAGAAGCAGCGGCUGGAGGAGAAGCAGCGAGCCGUGCGCCGCAGGCGGGAGGCUGAGGCCGUGGAAGCCCUGGAGGAAGGCAAGGACUACGAGGGCUACAUCCCGCUGUGGUUCGAGCGCAAGGUGGAUGCUGUGACGGGGGAGCUCAUCUGCGUCUACAAGGGUGGCUACUGGGAAGCUAAGGAGAAGCAGGACUGGAGUUUGUGCCCUGACAUCUUCUGAGCCGCUCUGCUGGCGCUGGGUGGCCACACCUUGGCUUCCCAGAUGGACAGACGGACAGUGAGGACAGGCGGGCAGUGCCCCGCCAGCAGUGACCGUGCGAAUCCAGAGUCGAUACAUGCCGAAAUUUGAAACACAAAUCUAAACAGGGACUCCAAACCUAUUUUUUUACGCACUACUAAAUAGCAUCUUUUUUUUUUUUUUUUUUUAACAACAGCUUUUUCAGCGACCGAUUAGGAACGAGGACGCGUGGAUCGGUUCGUUUGUAGCCCAGCGUAUUUAUUGCUGUCAGGAGUUGCUGCCUCUUAUCUUUCAACGCCUCGGCUCGAUCGGCUGAGACGUCAACUUCCAAAGAUGCUCGUGUUGUGGGGAUGCCGUGCACUUGUGUGAGCUCUUCCCUUUGACGUCAUUUUUUUCCCUCCCCCAUUUGCGUGUGGACUUGACGGAGUUAUUUUUUUAAGAAAAGAUCAGGUUCCUCCAAAGACAAAGCUGACCCGCUUGGCAUCCCGCUCGGAAAGCUCCCUCUAGGGACCGUGGCGCUCGAUCCCAGAGGCUCUUGGCAGUUCCCACCGUGCCCAGUCAUCCCAGUAACACCAAUUAGGAUCUUCCAACUGGCGAGUUUUUCUUUUUUGACCUUGUUUUUGGCUUUCGAAGCAACAUUUGAGCAGACUCCACGUGGUUGCCGUGUUCAGCCAAGGCUUGGGGCUGUCCUUAACAUGGUGCUUUGGGAGAGUGAUUUGAGUGAGGUUUGGGUUGGUUUUUCUGCAUCCCAAAGGGGAAACGGCCUCACCGAGGUCAGGAACACCUGGUAGACACAGUGAAGAGGUUUGUAGACCAGCGAUGCACCGAGGUCCACGUGCCGACUCCCUCCUGCUCCGUCUCGCUGCAGCCCAGGGGCUGGUGGAGCCUGGACCUCAGCGCUGGGUCUGCGGGCAGUGUCUCCUGCUGAGCUCUGCCUGCUCCUGGUGGAGAGGAGGGAAGAGAUGGGAAGAGAUGCUGUGGUGCUGCUGGGACGGAGCCUCAGUGCUGGGUCUCCCAUCCCUGUGUCGUCCCCAUGGGUCUGGUCCGCAGUCUCCAGCUGAGCCUGGAGGGCACGUGGUGUGCGGCUCCAUUCCUUCUCCUCGUGGUCUCUCCCAGGAGCAGUUUCAGGUCGCUAAAGCAGCCUGAGCACAGAGCCGGGGGGACCCCUCCUCACCCCUCCUGCACGCCAUCGCUUCGCUGCAGCCCUGGGUGCGCCAGGAGAAGUGGAGCGAGCCCUGCCGAUGAUUGGCAUGGACCAGGAGCAAACGGUGCCACAGGUCCCUCCGGUCCCCAGCACCAGAGGACGGGGGUGGCAGGACCCCGAAGAUGGAAUCUGCUGAGCCACAGAACUAUCGGGGAGACCUGGACACCCGCCUUUGCUCCCUCGGAUCUCAUUUUUGAUGUCUUCUUCUCUAGAUCUUCAUCAUAUCGUAAGGAACGUAAUCGUUCUCGGCUCCUCUGGCCAGACUGUCACCUCCGCCUUGGAAGAUAAUUAGCAAUAAUGAACUUUGAGGCAAUGGUAACUGGAAACCCCAGGUUGCACAUGGGACACUUAUGCAGUCAGGUUCCUCAGCCACCAGUCGGCUUCUCUUCCAGCACCUCCGUGCCCGUUGUCCCCAGCAAACCCACCUGUACAUAUCCAUGGACCUUGUGCGGCGUAACGUAGUGAGCAGCUAUCGGAGCGGCACCGCUGCCCAUUUCGAUGCACCCUUUAAUCUUAUUUAUUUGCUUCUAAUUUAUAUCUAUAUAAAAAUAUAUAUAAAAUUA